GAAGAAGUCCUUCUAUGAAAAAUUGAAGUACAGUGCUCAUAGCGACGGAUGUAGGGAAUUCUACCAAGAGGGAGAAGCCUAUGAUAAUGUAGCAGAUGCAUAUGAAAUGUAUGUGAAAGGAACUCAAUUAGCAGCAAAUGGAGACGUCAUAGACAAGAAAUAUAUCUAUGGCAAUGUUGGUUUUGAUUGGACAGUCUAUCACCCAGAAUGGAAGCCAACAAAGAAGUGGCCAAAAGCUCCAUACUAUGAAGAAAGAACCAGGAAGUGGAGAGCAAUGUUUGUAGACUUUCCUGAAGAAGAUGAAAUAUCCCAAGGCGCACUCAAGGCUUAUAAUAAGAAGCAUCCCAAGAAGGAAGUCUAUCAAUUGGAAAUUCCAUAUGUUCUGCACAAACAGAAGUGA